UGGCGCGGCGGGCGGUAGGUGGAGUAACCCCGGGACCUGGACGGGAGCCUGGCCGGGUCAACCCCGACGAGCGGCUUGGACAUGGCUGUGUGGGUUUUGGGGGGCCGCCUUGGCCUCCGCGGGUGCCUCGCGGCCGGCAGGCUACUUUGUCCCCGUUUCCAGAGCCGCGGUUCCCCGGGCGUAGAAGACGGGGACAGGCCACAGCCACCCUCGAAGACACCCAAGAUCCCCAAGAUUUACACCAAAACAGGAGACAAAGGGUUUUCUAGCACCUUCACUGGAGAAAGGAGGCCCAAAGACGACCAGGUGUUCGAAGCCUUGGGAACUACAGAUGAAUUAAGUUCAGCCAUUGGGUUUGCUAUGGAAUUAAUUGCGGAAAAGGGCCACCCAUUUGCUGAGGAGCUUGAGAAAAUCCAGUGCUCCCUGCAGGACGUUGGCUCCGCCCUGGCGACACCCCGCUCCUCCGCCCGGGAGGCUCACUUAAGACGCACCACAUUUGAGUCGGGGCGCGUCCUGGAGCUGGAGCAGUGGAUCGACAAGUACUCCGGCCAGCUGCCCCCUCUCACGGCUUUCAUUCUGCCUUCGGGUGGCAAGAGCAGCGCUGCACUGCACUUCUGUCGGGCCGUGUGCCGCCGGGCUGAGAGACGCGUGGCGCCUCUUGUCCAGAUGGGUGAGACGGAUGCAGACGUGGCCAAGUUCUUAAACAGACUCAGCGACUAUCUCUUCACGCUAGCCAGGGGCGAAGACUGGCGAGAGGAACGCCACCGCUUAAAGGAAGGCAGUCCUGCCCAGCAGAUGGUGUCAAGGGCUGAGGGGACAUUCUCAGCUCAAGACAGUAAGGCCUUCCGCUUCCAGUGAGGCCGGCACAGACGGAUGUAGCCCCGAUGCUGCGCUUGGCUGGUGUAUGCUCAGAUCCAGGCGUGGCCGUGCUUUAUUCCACCUGUCACCGCCGCUCCCUCCUGCCGUGAAACGAGGCCGCCAGCGCCAGCUGUGUCCUUGGGAAGGGGAUGUGAUGGGGGCGGGAGGCAGCCUGGGCCCUGCAGAUUCCACGCUGCUAACGGCAGGAAAUGACUUGAGAGGGCAGGCUCGCUGUCGGCUGAGGUGCCUGUGAACUCCAUCCAGGGGUCACUCGGGCUGAGCGCCUGCUUAGCCUGAGGCACCAGGAGGCUCGAGGCUGGGAGGCUGGUCACAGCCGGCGUGUCCACCAGCAUCCAAACCGUCUUUGCUUUCGUUCCUACCACCUCACUGGGAAUUUUGCUGGAGGAACAGGCACAAGUUGUCCCUCCUGAGUCCUUUGUUCCCAGCAGGCUUCAGGGGCCCCGUAAGGCCGGGCAGAGCUGCUGAGGUGCCAGUGACCGAGAGUGACCGUGAACGGCCUGGUUCCCCCCGGGCCAGGGCGAGCGCCGGGCUGGUGCACGGCGGGCUCAGUGUUGGUGAGCAGCUGGAGCAGUGGAAGCAGCAGCCUUUCCGGAGGGCGGGGCCGAGCUGCACUGGGGCUGCGCCCGGGGGGUUUUGCUCCAAGAGCUGCAGCAACCGGCUCCAUGCACUCAGUCUGCGGCUCCUCAAGAUCUCCCCGGGAGGAGCAGGACACGGAGCAAAACAACAGUCCCGGCCCCGCUCCUAGCCACGGUGAACGCCCACGGAGGACGAGAGAAGCUCUUGAGGAAAUGCAGCCGCCUAAUGGGAAGCUCUUGGGAACAAGGCAUGUGCCUGUCCCAAAUCCCACCCCCCAGCCCUUGCUGGGAGGGACUGUCACAGGCCAGAUGUAACCCAGGUUCCCAGGCCCCCUCUGCAGCUGCCCCCCCCCAGCAAACAUUCCCUGAGAGACAGCCCGGGCGCAGGGCAGACUUGGCAUCUUGAGGGUGUGCCCUGUGCCACCAACCUGGGAAAACAGGAAUCUGCUUUCCUCCUCUGCAGCGCCCGACGCUGCCACCCUGGAGCCCGGGGCCAGAGGCAAAGUGUGCACCCCAUGCCCGCUUGUCAAGGUAGCCCCUUGUCUAGAACCCAGUCGGACAAGUUUGCAAGCUCCACAGAUGAAACACACGCCCCUCCCUCUCUAAAGCCCCAGUCGCCCGCCUGCACCACUGUCAGCCCUCACGCAUGACUCCCAGCGCCCAGUCAGGCAGGGUGGGAGAGGAAUGCAGGCUUUACUUAAAGCUGGUGCCUUGUGGAUCAGGGGUUCUUGUUUUUGCAUAAUUGUGAUUUUUAAAAGACUGUUUGAAAAAAA